CUACUUCGUUAUCUUCACUUUUCAAUCACUCUCAACCAAAUUUGUUUGCAUAAUUAGAGCCAAUGAUCCGCCAGUUAUCAAAAUUGUUCAGUUUCGAGCCCGAUUUCUUCGCAUUAAUCUCUCCUCUUCAAUCCGUUUCGGAGAAUUUCUUUGCAGCUGAAUCUUUGUUUUUCCUGUUGCGAGAUGCUUCGUCGUUCAUUUCCGGAACUAGUUUGAUAGUUUUCUUUUCAUUUAGCUGUUGUAUAUUAUAAUGAUUCCGUUGCCAAGGCCUGAGAUGAGAUCCAUUUUGAAGGAGGAUUUUCCUUUUUCUUUUUUCUUUUAUUUUCUCUGUGGUAGCUUGGCUGAAUUGAAGAAAUCUGGUUUAUGAAUCGCACUGAGAUCGAAGCGGAGAAUGAGUACUUUUUCAGUGGAUUUCAGGAGGCCUGAAUCAGCUAAAAGUAGAUUAAAAGAUUUAUUGCUUCAAAAAGAUAAUCAACUUUGUGCAGAUUGUGGAGCCCCAGAUCCUAAAUGGGCCUCUGCAAAUAUUGGUGUAUUUAUAUGCUUAAAAUGUAGUGGUGUACACAGAAGCCUUGGAACACACAUAUCAAAGGUUUUGUCAGUAACAUUGGAUGAAUGGUCUGAGGAUGAGGUUGAUGCAAUGAUUGAGGUUGGAGGAAAUGCUUAUGCUAAUUCAAUAUAUGAGGCUUUUAUCCCUGAUGGAUAUACAAAGCCUGGACCAAGUUCCAGCCAUGAAGAGCGUUUAAAGUUUAUUCGGCCUAAGUAUGAACUUCAGGAAUUUUUAAAACCUAGCUUGCGAAUUGUUUCAAAUAACUCCACAAAGAGCUCUGAGGAGCCAAGUUAUUUUCAAGAGAUUGCUGAUAGCUUUCGGAGCUCGAAUUCUUCAAAGAAUAUUUCACAAGAAGGCAUGGUUGAAUUUAUGGGAGUACUGAAGGUCACUGUGAUUAAAGGCACAAACUUAGCCGUGAGAGAUGUGAAGUCCAGUGAUCCUUUCAUUGCCUUGACUAUUGGACAACAGACGGCUAGAACAACAGUGAUAAAGAGCAACUUGAAUCCAGUUUGGAACGAGGAACUCAUGCUGUCGGUUCCUCGUGAAUAUGGGCCCUUAAGGCUGCAAGUGUUCGAUCACGAUGUUAUUUUGGCUAACGACUCAAUGGGUGAAGCAGAAAUCGACCUCCAGCCAUUGAUAACAUCAGCAACAGCAUUUGGAGAGGCUGAAAUGUUUGAGAAUAUGCAGAUAGGAAAGUGGCUGAAGUCGGACGAUAACGCCCUCAUCGACAACAGUGCUGUCAACAUCAUCGACGGGAAGGUGAUACAAGAGGUGUCACUCAAGCUCCAAAACGUAGAAACAGGUGAAGUGUACUUGGAACUAGAAUGGAUACCUCUUGAUCAGUAGUCAGUCACAUAUAUUAUUGUCACAAGAGUGUGGUUUUCAUUUUAUUAUUGCUUAUGGAAUACCUCAUUCUGUUCAAUUGGCAUAAACUUCAUACACCCUUUUGUGUGUGUUUGUUUGCAUGUAUGAGCAAACUAGGAAGCAUUUUUGUGUGUGUUUGUUUGAUAUACAAAUAAAUAUACUCACAUGCAUUCGAACUUUCUGCAUCGAGA